AGGAAAAAAAAAACUGAAUCUCUCUGUUUUUUUUCUUCUUCAUUCCCUCUCUCUCACACAACACAACACAACACAGCAAUUUCAAUGGAGACAUUGAAGAGGAAUCCAUCAGUGAGAAGAAAAAGCAAGUUAGCGAGAACAUUCCAGAAGGUAUGCAACCUAAGAACAACCUCCACGAAGGUCUCCUCCACCAACAACGGUAUCGGAAUCUGUAUGUUGAAGAAAUCACACAAUCCCAACUUCAACGACGAAGACGACGACGACGACGAUGGAGGAGACUCUGUUUUCGAUCUUAAGAGCACUUCAAGCAGCACCAGAAGCGGAGAGCUCAAGGUCCGAGAGCGUCGUCGAGCUGUUUUCGAAGCCGUCGUCGCGAAGAUCUUCGCUAGCACGACUUCUAUCAAAGCCGCUUACGCUGAGCUUCAGAUGGCGCAGCGUCCGUACGACAACGACGCUAUACAAGCGGCGGAUACGGCGGUGGUCGAGGAGCUCAGAGCUUUGUCGGAGCUUAAACGGAGUUUUCUCAGGAAGGAGCUGAACCUGUCUCCGCAAGUCGCGAUUAUGUUGGCUGAGAUCCAGGAGCAGCAGAGCUUGAUGAGGACUUACGAAAUCACGAUUAAGAAACUCGAGUUCGAAGCUACGGAGAAGCAAUUGAAGAUCGAUGAGUUGAAGACGAGUCUUGAUGAGAACUCGGCGGUUAACAAAUCGUUGGAGAAGAAACUCACGACGAGCGGAUCGAUUUCGAUCUCCGUGUUUGAUAGUAUUCAAAUUCGAAAUUUGAAUUUGAGUCAGUUCGUUCAGGUUCUAGGUUUCACGUUGAGAUCCGUUAGAACCUUCGUGAAAUUGAUCGUGAAGGAGAUGGAAUCAGCUAACUGGGAUCUCGACGCCGCCGCUUCCGCCGCUGUUUCGAUUAACGUUAAAAACGCUUCCAACGUUUUCGCCAGGCCGAGCCACCGUUGUUUCGCGUUUGAGUCGUUCGUCUGUGGGAAAAUGCUGGAGAAUUUCGAAUCUCCUGAUAAUAGUAAUAACUUGUCGAGGCGUGAGGAGGAAUUCGAAAACUUGAGAUCCGUUCACCCGGUUCGGUACUUGACCCGGAACCCGGGUUCGUCUUUCGCUAAGUUCGUGGUUAACAAGUACUCGAGUGUUGUGCACGCGAAGAUGGAGUGUUCGUUCUUCGGGAACUUGAACCAGAGGAAACUGGUAAACUCGGGCGGGUUUCCGGAUUCGGGUUUUUUCGCGGCGUUUUGCGAAAUGGCAAGACGGAUCUGGCUUCUACACUGCUUGGCGUUUUCUCUAAGCGAAAACGUCACGGUGUUUCAGGUCAGAAGAGGUUGUAGAUUCUCUCAGGUGUACAUGGAGAGUGUGAAAUCAGGCGACGAGUCACUCUUAACCUCGGGGGAGAAUUCGGAUAUUCGGGUCGGGUUUACGGUUGUUCCGGGGUUUAAAAUAGGCGAGAACGUUAUACAAAGCCAGGUUUACUUGUCUCCUCCUCCUCCGUCUUCUUCAUGAACCAAAAAAAACAAAAACGUGGUGGAAUGUGACACGCGCCGGGGGAGAGAAAAAGAGCGGCGGCGCGUGGAAAAAGAGAAGGGUAGGGACAUGAUUCCUUGGGGGCAGCAAGACUGGCAAGUGGGACAUGUUUUUAGAGAGGAAUGUGAUGGAGACAGAAAAAUUGGCGCGAGGGACACAAAUCAUCAUUGAGCCCAAACAAAAAAAAGAAAUAUAGUUUUAGUGAAAGGAAAAUGAUAAUUUUUGUUUCUUUUUUUAAGUUUAGAUUAUAAAAAAAAAAUACAUUUAAAAAGUAGAAUGGCAUGGAAGAACAAUAAUAUUCUGUGUUUUUUCUUUGGGGGAUUAUACAGCUGAUGUAAUAUUUUUUAUAAUGUUUUUGUAGUUGGUUGGAA